AGCGCUGCGUCUUCUGAUUGGCUCACAGCGCGACCCGGAAGAGCGGUAGAAACACAUGGGUAAAGCAACAUGGAAGAUGUAUGUUCAGUAUGAGAUGUUAAUGUGAAAAAAAAAAAAAAAAAAAAAAAAAUGGAGACAGCUGCUCUGGUUGCACCUGUCACUGCUCUGGAGUUCCUCAGGGAUGAAUAUCUCCUGACAGGUGAGGGUCCUGUCCUGACCGUGUACCGUCUUCAGCCUCGGCCUGAAGCCACCGCCUCACUGAGCGUGCUCCAUCACUACCGCAUCCACGGGAUCCGACCCAGACCGCCAGCAGGUGACCCACGAUGCAGCUCUGCCGCAGAAACCGACGGGGUGAAGAAAGAUGGAUGGAGCUCCACCACAGAGUCCAACCAGUAUGACCUGGUGGUGUUUGGAGGCAAGGCUGUGAGGCUGGUGAGGCUUUCUGUCGAGCUUCACCGUGGGGACCAUCUGCAUCUGGAGGCCCAGGGUCCCCUCAUGGAGCUGCAGGACUGGGCCCUGGACGUCCGCUGGCUCUCCGGAGGAAGACGCCAACUCCUUUGUGUGGCUCUGGCCCACAAUAGCGCUCUUCUCCUGGAUGUGCAUGAAGGAAUAGCCCUUGUUCAGUGCUCCUGUGAGGAGGGGUGUCUGCUCUACUCUGCCCUGCUUCUGAUAGAUGAAUCCUGGGUAGACUCUGUCUUAGUAGGAGGAACUGUCUUCAACCAGCUCAUCAUCUGGAGACCUGGAGGUAGAGAAGGAGAAGGGAGCAUCGCUGAACAUAAAGCCCCAGUUGAGAGGCGUUUGCUGGGCCACAGCGGCGUCAUCUUUAGCAUUUCCUACCUCGAGGAGAAGGGAUUGUUGGCUUCAGCCUCGGAUGACCGCAGCGUGAGGGUGUGGGGCGUUGGUGUUUUAGGGGGACCCGGUGGGAAAUGUGGGGACUUGAACCCUGCUUGCUUAAAGGUGCUGUAUGGGCACCAGGCAAGGGUAUUCUCAGUGCAUCUCUCUCCAGGGAAAGUGUUCAGUGCAGGGGAAGACGGGGCCUGCUUAGUCUGGGACUGGGCUGGAGGUGGGAAGGUGACUCGGACAUUGAAGGGGCAUCGAGCCGGAGGGGUGCGCGCUCUCGCUGUCAGCGAGGGAACGUCGGAUGAAGGGAAGCAAGAAAGAUGGGUGGCUACAGGGGGUGCAGAUGGAGGCGUGAGGCUGUGGAGGGUGGAGGCAGCCGAAGAAAAAGAAGAGCAGAUGGGUGAUGCAGUGACAGAGACGCUCACUGAUCUGCAAUUUUCUGGUCAAGGCAUGCCUAAGGUGGUGUGUGUACUAGGGGAAGAGGAUGAAAAUGAAAGCUGGGCUCAGAGUAAGUUUGUGGUCUGCACUGACCAAGGAAUGGUUUACCAAUUCUGCAAUGGACAGUGGGAGCUUAUAUGGCAGGGGACUCCAGACUUUCAGUCCUAUUGUGUGAUGGAAAUGGUAGCCAUCAGGGUAAAGUCCUUGGCAGCCAAGGUUAAUUUGUGUGCUGUGGGUAAUCUCAGGGGUGAAAUACAGGUCUUCCCUAUUUCUCAGCCCCAGUCUGGGAUUCUUCUCAGGGCGGGAUCAGGAAAAAUCCACAGUCUUAUUUGGAUAGAGGGACAAGAGGGUGCAAGGCAAGUGGGGUAUUUGCUAGCAUCGGGAGCUGAAGGACUUGUCCAUCGCUGGUGUGUCGAAGUGACAUUAAAUGAAGACUUGUGCUUGGUUCUCUGUGUGGAGCCUCUUCCUCUCUUCCAGUUACCCCCUUGUGCAAAGCGCUGGUUGACUGCAGCAGUUCGCCUUCGCCACAGAUCACAGGGUGGGCUUUGGGUGUGUGGGGACAGGAGAGGGUCCCUGCUGCUGUUUCAGGAAAGAAGUAAAAGGGAAGAAAAUAAAGAGAUAGAUGAAGGUGAACAAAGAGAAAGAGGAAUGAUAGAGGACCUGCCUCUGCAACCGUUGAGCUGCCUGUUCGGGGUGCAUGGAAAACAGGGCGUCACGUCGGUGUGUGAAUACCAGGGGCUUCUCUACAGCGCUGGCAGGGACGGCUGUGUGAGGGUUUUCAAAGUGAACCCAACACCACUGAAAACAUAUGGAGAAAACAGAGGAAAGGUUUUAGAAGGGCUUCAACUGGAGGUUCUGAGAGUCCAAAGGGCCUGUAAGGGCAUGGAGUGGCUUGAGAGGGUUUUGAUCUUAGAAGCUGAACUUCCAGAGCACAAGGAGGAAGAGGAGGAUGGCGAGGGGUGUGAGAACCACUAUGAGGCAAAUCACAGAAUUCAGGAAAAGCUGGAGGGAACAGACGAUGAAAAAGCUAAGGAAUGUCUGAGAGAAAAUGAGGGAAGCGAGGCCCGGUUUGCCAUCGCUGGGUUCCACGCCGUCCACUUCGUAGUUUGGGACCCGGUGAGGCAGGAGAAGCUGCUGGCGGUGCCCUGCGGUGGUGGGCAUCGCUCCUGGAGCCUCUGGCCAUCCCACAAACCUCUUUGGCCAGGAUACGGAGCGCUGGUCUUCAUCAAGCAGGGAACCGUCCUGACUUCGCAACCCCCCAGAGAGGGUCUGACUGGGGCUGGGAAGGCAGGGAAGACUGGGGGAUUGGGGUUGAGGGAAGGGGUUCAUGGGAGAGGGAUCGGGUGUGUGUGCAGGCUGGGGAGGUUAGGGGGAAUUAGGAAUGGGAUCAAAACAAAGAGUGCUGGAAACAGGAGUGGAAAUGAGGCCAAAGUUCAGAUAGAAGAAGUAAAGGAGACGGAAGGAGAGGAAGGACAUUGGGAGGUAGUGGUGACGGGAGGGGACGACACUAGUUUGACUGUCCUGGCUGUGCAGCCGAACUCCGGCGCCGUAAGAGUUCUCUCCGUCAUCACCGACCACAUCUCAAGUGUUAGGACGCUGGCGGCAGUAAUGCGUUCAGAGGGAUCGAGCAGUGCCGUGAGAAUAGAAAAACACGGUCAACAUGCACAGUCCCUCUCUGCCCUGCUUGUUUCAGCCGGCGGGCGUGCUCAGAUGCAGUGCUACCGGUUGUUGAUUGGCUGGGACGGGCAGAGGGGGGUUCCUUCCUGCCAGGUGAUCCAGGUGGCCGGCCACCGAUUGGACGAGCACUGGGAGAGGAAGCGGAACCGACACAAGAUGGUAAAGAUGGACCCAGAAACAAGGUACAUGUCCAUAGCGGUGGUGGAUCAGGAGGCAGACUGUGUUCUCCUGGCUCUGGCCUGCAGUGACGGAGCUGUCAGAUUGUUCUCAGUCCGAGAAGAAAAGGGUCAAAUUGAUCUGUUGUGGGAGAGUUUUUAUCACCAGCGCUGUGUGCUCAGCGUCGCCACCUGCAGCCUGGAGGACGGAAAAGGCAACAGCUAUAAGCUCCUGUUCAGUGCUGCUACCGAUGGGAAAAUUGCAGUGUUUGAUGUGAGCGCAGCCUCUUCCCUGUCGAACGGUAGCUCGUCUGACGCUCCGACUCCGCCAAUCCCCUGCCUCAGCAUUCCCGCCCACCAGAGCGGCGUCAACUCGUUGGCUGUAUGGGCAGAGAAAACGGGGCGACGGGAGGGCGGUUGCCUGGUAACUGCCGCCAGCGGAGGGGAUGAUGGACAGCUGACAGUGUCUGUGGUCAGGGUGCAGUUCCCAGAGGGGGAGGUGGAGGGCAGCAGAGGGUUUUCUCAGUCCAGGGAAAAGAUCUCUGAGCAACAAGCUGGGCCCCAGAUUUCUGCAGAGCUCCCACUUCACAUGCCAACUGAAUUUGACUGCCAGAUGGCGCCAAGCCAAGCUCGGUUCCAGCACCGAAACCAAACUGCGGCGUCUCUACUUGAACCUCCAAACCAGCCUCAACCCCACAUUCAGCCUCAGUCUUAUUCCCAGCCCUGCCUCCCGUCUGUUUUUUCCCACCAACAAACUCAACCUCAUUCCCAGCUGCCUCCUCUUCAUCUCCGUCUCCACUCCCAGUCCCGUGUCCCGCUGGCCCACGCUGCCCCCCUCACUGCCCUGAAGCUCCUGUCACCAGGCCUCGUCGCCUCCGCCUCCCCUGACCAGAGGGUCUGCCUCUGGAGGGUCUGCAGUACUGGGAUCAGCCACAACGGGGCGCUGUACUCCCACGUUGCAGAUGCUGCAGGACUCGCUGUGUGGCAAGAGGGGAGAGGUGAGGGUGAGACAGGAGGGCGAGAUGGCAUAAGGGGAGAUGGUCAGUGGAAGGUCAGGUUUGGAGUUGAGAGCGAGACGGGAUCAGAGGCAGGACGGAAGGUGACGGAGAAGUCAGAGGGUGAGACAGAUGGGACGUGUCGGAGGCCUGAGGGCAAGACGGAAGCGAAGAAACAGGGCGAAACAGCUGCUGAGGCCGAGGGUGAGAAACAGUGUGAAACAGCGAGUGAGACAGGUGAUGCAGUUUGCAAGAGCGGGGAUGGAAAAGUAAGAAUGACAGGUGUUAAGUCCAGAAAUCAAACAGGGAAUGAUGAGGCAGUCGUUGAGGUGGAGAGUGCCGGAAGCAGUGAGACAGGUUCCCGCGAGGCUUCCUGUGACACCAAGGCGGGAGAGACAGACAGGACGGGAUGGGUGCUGGUCUGCGGCCAAGGCUUACAGCUCCUGCGAGUCCGAAACACAGAGAUGGACGGAAAGAUGUGGACGGAGGAGAUGAGAAAAGGAGAAAAGACAAAACAGCGUGUGAAAGUAACUUUCCAAGAAAACCAACAAUCAUUUCCAUAAUGGACACAAGCGUGUGAAAUAAUUUAUGUUGUAUAUGUAAAGUACUGUAAUGCAUCUGUAUACAGAAGACGUAUAAAUCGAUAUGACAUGGAUUUUACUUUGGCAACAGUUUUUUUUUUAAAUAAAC